CAGGAAUCGAAGUGCACCCAGGCCACUUCUCAGCAUCAACAACUACAGUAGGGUAAUUCUUCACCAAUUGCCAUCGGAAGUGAAGAUUGAUGCGCAAAUCCAUGAGAAAUGAUCAGUGCACCAUCUUCUGAGCAAUCACAACCUCGUGGCAUCAAUUGCCAGUCUUCAUCGAUUCAUCUUGCUUUCUCAGCACAGCUUGGCGCUGUGAUCCGGCGUAUCACACCUGCGGCACCGAGUGAUAGGGCACGGCACCAUCAAGCAAGGACAAAGCUAGUGAGACAUCAGUAUGAAGGAUAGUGGCAUGGGCGGAUUAGAGACCCCGAGAGCACCGCCUCAGCUCAAGUUGGAAUCGGUCAAGCCUUCACAGCUGGCGACGGCGGCGUCGCCUCGGGGCAUCCCUAUGCCGACACACCCGAACUCCAGCAGCAGCACAUCCAUGAAAUGGAACACCAAGAACCUGGCAUUUCGGCUCGGCGCCGACUUCAUCAGCGCUGCCUCAGCCGCCGUGCUCGUCGCCCCGAUAAUAUCCAUCAUUGACCGCUCGAUAAUGGAAAACGCCUCCGGCCGGCGGUCCCUCGUCGACUCCCUGAGAUCUUCCUUCCGCACCCUCCUCCUCCACCCGCAGCGCGUCAUCCUCUCCAAACCCUUCGCCCUCAUCUUCGCCCUCUACGGCGGCACCUACCUGACAGCCAACACCCUCGACACAGCCACCUCCACCGUCCGCUCCCUCCCCGCAACCCACAUCACGUCAGGCACCUCCAAAUUCGCUGCCUCCUCGGCCGCCAACAUCGGCCUGUGCAUCUACAAAGACCAAGUCUUUGUCCGCCUGUUCGGGCCCCCGGGGAUCACGCCCCGCCCCGUCACCCUGCCAAGCUACCUGCUCUUUGCGGUGCGCGACUGCAUGACCAUCUUCGCCUCGUUUAAUGUCCCGCCCCUGCUAGGUCCCGUGCUGAGCCAGCGCCUCAGCGACGAGAUGCAGUGCUACGCGAGUGGUCAGACCGUGGCACAGUUCGUGGCGCCCGCGGCCGUGCAACUGUUCAGCACGCCCGUGCACCUCCUGGGCUUGGAUAUCUAUAACCGGCCUGGCGUGGCGCGGGGCUGGCGGGACAGGUGGACGGCGGUGAGAAAUAAUUGGGCGGUUAGUACGGCGGCCAGGAUAUGCAGGAUCGUGCCGGCUUUUGGAGUGGGCGGGGUUGUUAACGUGAAGGUCAGGAGGGCGUUGAUGGAGAGGUUGGUGUAAGAGCUUUGAGGCGUUGCUAGUGAAUGGUUGACUUUUUGUGUCUAUAUUUGUUGGGUUCUGUACAUUCCGGGUAGCGGGCGUUCAGGGCUGCUGUUGCAUUCGGCACUCGCAAAGGCGUUGAUACCACGGGAUUAGAUGGCAGCUUCUCAUAGACCAUAUAAAGGACUGGGUAAUGAUGAGGAAAAGAUGAUUGUUUUUGUAUAUCACCACUCAAAUUAACAAGCCCAG